AGCUGAGGAAGGGGAGACCCAGGGCGAGCGACCCGGGUCCCAGUGGAGCCCCCGGCACACGCCGACACUGGGGCACCAGCCGCGAUGGCCACCACUGUGCGCGGAGACGGCUGCGACGCGUGCGCAAGUGACUGACGGCUGCAAAAUGGAUUGUCUUUGGAGGAACUGUGAGAUAGUUUCAAGGAAUAUAAGUUCAAAAUAAAAAAUCACAAAUGUAAAAUCGGCAAGAGCUAGCAGAAGCAAUGGACAGAAGGAGCAGGCCUGCAAAAACUUAAGACAGUCAAGUUACCAAAGACAGUACAAAGUGUGUUUUAUACUUAAAGAAACAAAGGAGCUGAAAUAACUUGAGUAUGAAAAUAACCAAAUAGAUUGGGAAAAGUACCAAGUAGAAAUGAAAAGUAUCAUAACUGAAAUGGAAAGUUCAAUGGAUUGGUUUAACGGUCAUCAAAAAGAGAAUAACAGAUGAAGAAAUAAAGAAGUUUUCAGACUCGAAAAAGCUGAACGACUUUAUUACCUGCAGACCUGCACUAGAAGAAAAGUUAAAGCAUGUCCUUCAGGCAUAAGGAAAAUGAUACUGAUGGCAGCGGUGGGCCAUCUGGAGCAGCCACUGUUAUGCCAGCUGCAGCGAGGAGGCACAAGUGGUGGUGGCAGGAGCGGCUGCGGGAGCAGCAGUGGCGGUGGUGGGUCCCCUGUGCCCCACAUCCCUGAGGCAGCUGACUGCACCACCCCGACCCUUGCAUGGCUGGGCAGGACCCGCUGCAGGCCCGGAACCUCCGCUGCGGCUUCAACCUCACUCUGCCGAGUCUCAGGAGCCCGCGAGCCGAUGGUGCAGCCAGGAUUCAUGGGGCGGCCCCAGAAGCAUUGAGUUUGUUUGUGCGGAGUUGGCUGAGGCCACCAGCUGUCCUCACCUUGCCUGCUGCCACUAAGGGGCAAAUGAGGACAAAAGACGUGGCCAGGGCUGCGUGCUUUAUGGAGCCAGAAAGUUGGUGGGGUGGGAGCUUCCUGGGCGCUGCUGGAGCCACCCAAGCUGUGGCUGCGACCAGGGCACUCUUGUGCUCUUGGGUGCCAGGAAUAGGCAGAAGCCCCGCCCUCCCAGGUGCAGCUGCAGCCACCCAAGCUGGAGCUGUGGACCCAGGUAUCUCUGUACUCUUGGGGGCCCAAGAAGGCCCCCUGUCCCUGCAGGCUAGGAAGUGCCUGCUCCCGCUGUCUGGGUUCUCCUCACUUUUAGCACCUGCUCCCCUCACAGAUCACAACCUGGGGCACUGUCUCUCUCCACACUGUCACAUCCCAGCUGCAUGUGUACAUGCUUGGAGCAGUGCUGACAUGCCAGCCCCUUGGUCCCCUUCAGACUUUGGAGGCUGACAAGCACGGGAAGGAGGCUGAAGUGGGGCUGAGGACAGCCUGGCACAGGCCUGCAGGUAUUGCUUGGCAUGAAUAAUCUGGGUGCCAUGAACAAUGACAGGAGGCAAAACAGGCUCUUGGGUGGAAGCGGGCAGGUUCCCAGUGAAGCCCCACCUGC